CCAGGAGGUCCAGCAGUAGACAUCCUUUGUAUAGGCUACAUAAACUGAGUGGUUGGCGACAUACAGCUCAGCAAUGGUGGAUGCCAAUAAGGGACCAAGCAUACUUGAACAUGUGCGCAAGACCGUGGAUGUCACUGUGUAUGACACCAAAUGGAUACCAUGCAGCGCUCGAUUUGUGCUGCUGGGGAGCCAUUCGAAAUCAACAGGAUCAAUUCAGGUGUAUGAACUCGCAGGCAACGAUGUGAAGAGAGUCAUAGCGCUCCAGCUCGUGAAACACUUAGGGCCGGUAGAAGAUGUAACUGCUUCUUCUUUCGUUGAAGCGGUUGAUGUACCCUCCCCGUUUCAAGAGUUGGCCAAAGCUAUUGACUCCUUAGUCACCCCGCAGACGCAUCCGGACCCAACUAUACUCUGUACGUUCGAUGUGUCUGAAGUCUUAGAGGACCUUCAAGGUGAGUGGUCGGCAAGGGACCCUCGUGAGCUCUGGAUGGCAUUCAGUAGAGGUCCUAGAGGGGAACACUUCAGUGUGGAAGUUGGUGAAGGUGGUUGCAAGUGUGGCGCCUUCGUAGACAUUGGCUCCACGCGAAACUUCAUAAGUCGCAACUGCGUUGAGAGACUGCGCCUAAAGGACCAGGUGCAGUGCCUUAGUAGACCGGUAGCAUCUACUUUGACCAACAAAGAGCGCAUGACAGUGGAAGACUACGUGAAAGACGUAGUCUGCACUUUCUCCUACCCAGGAGGAGAAUUAAAUCAUAAGAUAUUUUUCCUGGUGAGCGGCGAUUUGCCUUUCGGCAUGUUGUUGGGCAUGUACUACCUCGAGGUUGCCAAGCCCCAGUUUGACUGGGACAAAAAGGUGUUGAAGCACGAGUUGCCAAAUGGGAGGACCGUUAGGCUGGCUAAGUAUAAAGCUAGUAGGUUAAUAGACUCCUAUGGGUGCUUAUGUGCAUCUGGCUUCUAUAACUAUUAUAAACAGAACCAAGAGGAAGGAAUGUACUUGGUCUAUGUCUCUGCGAAAGGGGAGGCCGUUAAAACACCCCCAGAGAUAGAGACCAUCGUCGCUAAGUACCCUGAUCUGUUCGAGGAGCCCUCGGGAGUCGUAGACAGGGAGGUUGUCCAUGCCAUAGAGAUCAUCCCAGGUAGCAAGACACCUAAAGGGAGAAUCUAUAGGAUGGCUCCGACCGAGUUGGACGAGCUUCGUCGACAACUGAAAGAGCUCACAGAAAAGGGUUGGAUUCGGCCUAGCACUUCCCCCUUUGGCUCGCCAAUCUUAUUUGUUCCAAAGAAAUGGGGGACACUAAAGAUGUGCAUUGAUUGUAGAGGCCUCAAUGCCAUCACCGUUAAGAACGCAGAGCCUCUACCCCGCAUCGACGACCUAUUGGAUAGGGUGAAGGGGUGUAAGUAUUAUACCAAGAUAGACUUAAAAUCCAAUUACCAUCAGAUUGCCAUAAGACCAGAGGACCAGCACAAAACCGCAUUUCAGACCAGGUACGGUUUGUACGAGUUUGUGGUGAUGCCCUUUGGCCUUUGCAAUGCGCCGAGUACAUUCCGACACACCAUGAAUAGGAUCUUCUAUGAUUACUUAGAUAAGUUCGUCGUCGUGUACCUCGACGAUAUAUUGAUCUUUAGUAAAACUGUCGAGGAGUAUGCUCAACAUGUAGACAAAGUACUUUCACUCCUCCGACAGCACAAGUAUAAGAUAAACGCAAAGAAAUGCGAGUUCGGUAGCACUCGAAUCUUGUACUUGGGUCAUGAAGUAUCCGCAGAUGGAAUUAGGCCCGAAGAUACAAAGGUGGCUAGCAUAAGUGACUGGCCACGACCCCAGUCUGUGACUGAGGUCAGAUCAUUCUUGGGAAUGUGUGGUUAUUACCGCAAUCUCGUAAAAAAUUAUAGUACGAUCGCAUCUCCCUUGACUGAUCUAACUCGACUUGACACACCAUGGGACUGGACCGACGAGUGUGAGGCAGCUUUCAAGCGGUUGAAGCAUGCUCUCACGCACCAUGAAGUUCUCAUGGUACCCGAUCCGCAAAGGCCAUUUGUUGUAACCACUGACGCAAGCCAAUACGGCAUUGGCGCAGUGUUGGCUCAGCAGGAAGGGAAAAAGUUGACACCGGUCGAGUACAUGAGCCAAAAGAUGCCAUCAAAGAAGUUGGCAAAGUCCACCUACAAAAGGGAACUCUAUGCUCUCUACAAGGCGCUUGUCCACUUGAGGCAUUAUCUGUUAGGGAGGUUCUUCUAUUUGAGAACUGACCAUCAGACCCUCAAGUGGAUCAAGACCCAACCAAUUCUCUCCGAUGCACUCAAACGCUGGAUUGAAGUCAUAGAUCAGUAUGACUUCAAACUAGACUACGUGAAGGGAGAGUACAACAAGGUUGCGGAUUCGUUGUCUAGAAGGGCAGACUACCUAGGUGCGCUGAUUUAUGAAUUUGGCUUAUCUGACGACGUGACUCGAUCUUUGGGGGAAGCCUACAAGGAAGAUCCCAUCAUGAUGGACAUCAUCAACAAACUACAGGCCAAAGACAAGGUCACGACUGACGAGUUUGUGAUGGUGGAUAGGUUGCUCUUUCUUGAGAAGAGUAUCUCCAUGGAUUUCAUGGACACUCUCGUGACCAGCAAGAAUGACAAGAGGCACGUCUUCAUCAUAGUGGAUAGGUUCACUAAGUAUGCUAGACUAAUUGCCAUGUCGGAGACUGCGAGGACUGAGCACGUCAUUAAGUUGUUCAUGGAUAACUGGGCUGAGAAGCCGGCUGCAAUUAAGUGCGGAACAUUCGGAGCAUCCAGCCUGGCGCACCGAAACCUGGCCACUGGAGACUUUGAUGGAAACCUCCAUAUAUGGUGAGCAUCACCUCUACUUGUUCCUGUCUUUUCUCUUUUUUGCCUUAGUCUUUUUUCAACUUCUCUCUUUGCCUGCUUGUUCUAUGUGCAAGACUCCAGACAGCCAUUGUCAUGAAUGUGAAGCACAACAAAAGACAGCCAUUGCU